CCAGGGCACGUCUCCGCCCCAGCCCCGGCGAUCGCAGCGGGGAGACGCCUCCCCAGACGCGUUAAAAGUUUGGGGCGGCUCCGGGCUAGGAGGAGGCAGAGCACGGCUGCUUGCUGCAAUAGCUCCGCGGGCGCUGAGCCCCCGGCUCGCCGGGCACCGCCCCGCGCCGCCUCCGCGGGAAGAUGGCGAGCCGCGGUCUGUGCCUGCUGCUCCUCGUCUGCCUGGGGGUCCCGAGCUAUCCUGAUGUGUCUGGAAUCUCCAUUGAAACUGAUAACAAAAAUGUAAAAGCAGAGGAGUUUAAGGAGGCUAUUCUUAGUUGCAAACACAAAUUUUCGAAAGGGAUGAGUUUAAGAAUAGAGUGGAAGAAAAUCCAGUCUCAAGGAGUCUCAUUUGUCUACUACAAUAGUGAAUUUACAGGUGAUCUUCGAGGCCGAGCAGAGAUGCUGAAUACAGGAAUCCGAAUUAGGAAUGUGACUAGAAGGGAUUCUGGGACCUACCGCUGUGAAAUCAGUGCCAAGAGUGAAGAGGGGCAGCGCCUGGGAGAGGCUACUAUUACUCUCACAGUAUUGGUUGCUCCGGCUACUCCAGUGUGUGAGGUACCCAGCUCCGCAAUGACAGGAACGGUUGUGCAGAUGAGCUGUAAGGAAACUGAGGGCUCCCCUCCGUCUGAGUACCAGUGGUACAAGAAUGGUGUUGCCUUGCUGGAGAAGACAGGAACAGGCAGUGCUAGAGCAGCAAACAUAACUUACACCAUGAAUAAAAAGUCUGGCACUCUGCUGUUUAAUACCGUUACAAAGAAUGACACUGGAGAGUAUUUCUGUGAGGCCUCCAAUGGGAUUGGAUUAUCUCAGAAAUGCUCAGUGAAACGAAUGCAAGUAGAUGACCUUAAUGUAAGUGGUAUCAUUGUGGCUGUACUGUUUGUGGCUCUGGUGAUGGUACUGUGUGGCCUUGGAGUAUUCUAUGCCCAAAAAAAAGGCUACUUUGCAAAGGAAAGCUCUUCCCAAAAGAAGACAAACUACCAAUCUACAAGUGAAAAGGCAAGUCUUUUGCGUUCAAUAGUGUGCUGUAAAAGCUUUAGAUAUCUUCCAAGUUCCGUAGAUCUGUAAUAUCUUUGCACAUGUACACGAACUCCUGACUCCUGCCCUACCGUACCUGGCAUCAGUACCUCGAGAUACUUUGUCUCUGUCUGCACUUAGAGCUUCCUAUUUCAUAGUCUCAAGUGCCACACAACCACAUCACCUUGCUCCAUACUUUGCAUCUUUUUGUACAUAUUGAUUAACUAACUGAGACACAGUCCAAGACAGCAAUGACAGAAAGAUUGGGGCCUAACUCUUCUGAGAAUAAUGUGGGUCAAAAGACUUGACUAAAUAUGGAAGCUGAAUUUAGUACUUCCAUCCACUUCCUUGAGUGGGCUCAAGGGCUUUAACUACAUGUACAUCAUUCCAGCUUUUCAGAAUGGUGCAAAAGGAAUAGAGUUCAAAGUAAAACUUCACCUAAGAGUGACUUAAUAUCACUAUCUACAGUUUAAGGACAUUAGGAGUUUGAGUACCAUGAGUAAUAUUGAUGUAAGCUUAAAAGAUCCCCAAAUACCACCCAUUUCCUUAAUCAAAACAAAACGUAAUAAAUUGCAUAAGCUUAUUCCUUGACCUAGUAUGUAUAUAGGAAACUUCCUGAGACCAACUAUCUGUUUGCUCUGAAUGAGAAGGAUAAGGCUUUUAAGAGCUAUGGUAUCUGUUUAUGAAUGUUAAUGCAUUGUUUAUCUGUUAAAAAUCAGAUGCUGAACAGAGCUGUUUGAUACCUAUAUUUGUGAAUAGGUUACUAGUUCUGUGUAGAAUGUAUUUUGUAGACACCCCAUCCCAGAAAAGAAUAAACAUUUACUAACUGUGCAUCAGACACAUUUCUUGUCAAGUUAGUGUCUUCUGAAAGACAAGUUAGUGUCUUCUAAAAAACAAGCCUUAGUGUCUUCUGAAAUGUACACUAAAUAUUAACCUGCUUAAAAUCUUUGAACUAUUAUUUAUAUAACCUUGUUUGCUUCAUUUAGGACUUCAAGCAUACCAAGUCCUUUGUUAUUUAGAAGAUUUCAGCCUCUGUGAGGGACAUCAAAUGAUUACUUGUUAUACAAAAGUAUCAGUGUCCUGGUUUCAGCUGGGUAAUUUUCUUCCUAGUAGCUGUGUUUUGGCUUUAAUAUAAUACAAUCGAUAAUGCACUGGUGUUUUAGUUGCUGCUGAGUAGUGCUUACUCCAAGUCAAGGAGUCCUCAAUUCCCGUGGUCUUCCAGUGAGGAGAUGCAAAAGAAGCAGGGACAUAGCACAACUGGGACAGCUGAUCUGAGCUGUCCAAAGGGACAUACAUAGAAUCACAGAAUCAUAGAAUAAACUGAGUUGGAAGGAACCCAUCAGGACUGUGAAGUCCAACUGCUGGCUCUGCACCAGACACUCCCAAGAAUCACACCCUGUACCUGAGAACGUUGUCCAAACACUUCUGGAACUCAAACAGGCUUGGUGCUUGGUGACCACCUCCACACCAAAACAUCAUGUUCAGUAUUUAAAUUGGGUAAGUUGGCCAGGAGGAGCCAACUGCUGCUGGAGGACAGGCUGGGUGGUGAGAAACUGUUGCGCAUCACUUGUCUUUCUUGGGUUUUACUCCUCUCCCUCCUUUUCACUACAGUUCAUAUUACUGUUGUUGUUAUUAUUAUCAUUAGUAUUAUUAGUAUCUUAUUUUAUUUUGUUUCAAUUAUUAAACUGUUGUUCUCUCAACCAACCAAUUUUACUUUUUUUUCCCAGUUCUCCCACUGGGCUGGGUGGGGACAGUGAGCAAGUAGCCACAUGGGGCUAAGCUGCUGGCUGAGCUGUUUGCAGUCCUUUUUGGCACCAAACAUGGGACUCAAAAGGUUGAGAUAAAAACAGAUCUGACUAGAGCAUAUUAAAACAAGUUUGUUACAAGCCUUCAUUGUAUUGGUUUAAUAGUUCCUGGUCACCAUAUUGAUUCAUUUGCUCUCGGCGUGGGUUUAAGUAACCACUGUGUUGUUCUGUGUUGUACUGGCCUGUGAUAUGAUAGAAUGACUGGUCAUGAGCCUGCUGGUGUGUGUCCCUGCCGUCCUUUGGGAGCCAUCUGGUGGGAACUAUCCACAGUUACAUCUACUGCCUUUUACCCUACAGAGAGCCAACCCAUGGGAAAAAAAACCUUCCUUCCCCUCCAGGAUGAUUACAGUAGCACUUGAGAACUUUAAAGACUUUGCAUAUCCUGUGAAUACCCUUGAAACCAACCUGGUCCUUUUGGUAACAAUCAGUAUGUUGUUGCAUAUGGUUCAGGCCUUCUUUAGGGUUAAGAAACAAUCUGUGGCUACCGAAACCCUACCAACAUGUACUGUGCCUACACAAACUUCAGUGACAGGUCAACAAGAGGCAACCACUCAAUCCUUAUUCCUGAGUGAGCUGCGGCAUAUACAUAAAUAUUUCAGCUGUUGUCCUGAUGAGCGUACUACCACCUGGCUGCUCUGAUGCUGGGGUAAUGGGGCUAACAUUAGAAGCUUGGAAUUAGAGGGUAGUAAUCACUUUCUAAGAAAGCAGGCAUUGACAAGGUAAUUCGACGAGAGACACAAGUCCUCAGCCUCUUGAAGCGACUCCUGUCCGGCAUGAAGGUAUCCUUGCAAGAAAGAUGUUAGACGUCACCAUGCAAGUAGAAAGAAACGCAGUACUUGAGGGAAUUAGCUGUGCUAGAGAUGAUUUAUUUUGACCUGGACAACACAAAGUUCCCCACAUAUCCAGACCAAUUCCUCUGCACAUGACCCAUGUGGUAGAAGUUUGUAGAGUGUACCAAGAAUACACACCAACACACUGGCAAUGUUAAUCUCGAAAGACAUCACAACCAUCUGUGGCUGCAGUGGCUUGCCAUCUCUGGGAAUUUGAAGACAACCUCUCUUCCUCUCUCAUCUCAUCUGUAGAAAAACUCUCAGACAAACUGUCUAGGAGUUUCAGCAGUUCAAAGCAGAUAUGUUCUAUUCUCCACCUCUCCAGACCCAUGCUAAUGACAGUAAGCGUUGGCUCAAGAGGGAGGAUAUGGAAGGAACACACCAUAGCAUGGAUACCUUGUGGGUUUAGCUGAGAGACAACAGAGAGGGCACGAAGAAUUGGGAUGAAGGCCUACCUUGACCCUAGAGACAUGGGUAUAUGAAUUGUAAGGAAAACAGUCCCAAAUGGGGGUCCUUCCAGGAAAGCUGCUACUCCCAUCUCCAGUGGAUGGUUUCCCAGGCAGAGUGGAAGGGCUGAAUUUAACUCGUGGUCCUAUGGAAAGAAAUUCUAAUCCAUUUCUUCAAAAAUUGAAUUCUCUUAGAUGUUUUGGGUUUUUUGAAAAAUACCUAUUUCAAACUAGUCUGAUUAUAAGCCCUCUUUAUCAAGUGACUCAGAAGAAGAAGGAUUUCACAUGGGCCCCUGAGCAACAGCAAGCCUUUGAACAGAUUAAACUAGAAAUACUUGGAAAACGCUCACAGAUGCUUGGGCCAAGGAAUAUGGCAUUUAAUAGGUCUACUGUAUCAUGCACCAACUAAGAAAACCACAUGAUCCAAUGGACUGUUAGACUACACUGACAGCAAUGGGCAGGAGGACCUUCAAACAUUGGGGAUGCACACUGGCAAAGGCUACCUGGUGAGUCAGCACUAGAAGAUCUGCCAAGUGGGCUGGCCCUGCCCAGUCAAAACUUUUAUCGUAGAAGGAAAUAAAGUUCCUGCAGUGAACGUGAAAAAUGUACUGCGGAAGACAGUCUGGGUUAUUCCUGCCUUGGGCAAAGGCAAAUUCACCCCUGGGAUUGUUUUUGCCCAAGGACAUGGGCACACUUGGUAAGACAGGAUGGUCAAGUCUGGUUUGUGCAUUGAGUGGAUUUGCUUGAAUAGCCAGUGAAUUGUGUGAUGCUAAUUGCUGUAUAAUGCUGUGUAUGAGCACUUCUAUGUCAGCUGCAUGCCCACCAUUGCACACCUCAUGGUGCCUCUCUUCAUCCCUCCAGCUUUGGGGAUCUGAACCCAACUCCCCUUCAACUGCCACAUUAAAAUAAACUUUGAUGGAACUGGACAAGCAGAGCACUGAUGGAAUCAGACCUGGCUUCAACAUGCAACGAUCUAACACCAGACAUCCUCUUUCCUGCCCUGAGAAAUUGUUUAGGACAUUCAUAAGUCAUGACUGUCAUAAGCCAAAAGUCAUGGACUAAAUGAAUUCAAUACUUCUAUGGGGAUUGUCUGUAGAUUAAGGAAAUGGUAUCUGUGUGUGCAUCUGUAAAAAGAUGGGAAAGGUGGUGGUGUAUCACAAAGUGUAGGAUCUGGCACGACACACAUGGUAUGGUGUCUUGGGUUAUUUUAACAAAAUAAGUGUAUUCUAUUUCAUCUGUUGAAAGCAGUUGGGGACAUGUUUUUCUUUAUCUCUUGUACCUCCAGGGGUGAGCGGGGUGGAUGCCUUCUGGUAAUAAGCUGCUGUUAAAACCAGGUGGGGCAGUGUUUUGUAUCUAUUUCACCACCCUUCCACCCUCCAGGGGGAUAUCUUCUGUUAAUGGGCCAUUAAGACUCAUCAAUGACAUGGCACAUUACAUUUUCCCAUUGUGAGAUGCUCCACCCAGUGUGGGGGAGUCAACUGUUCCUACCUAGAUAAAAACUGAGACGUAGGAACACUAGGUAGCCUGUUUUCCACUGGAUUCCCAGAGGAAGACCAGCCCCAUCUCACCACCACUGGACCCUUUCUACAGGAUCUCUACUCCAACAGAACCACAUCUGUUUCUCCAGGAGGAUUUAUCUGGGCUGCUUCCAACACCCUACCAACAAGGUGUCAGGUUGUAUUUCUGACUCUGUCAGGGUUUGUAGGUUUUUGUUUUUGUACUACUACAUUUCUAUUUUUAAUAUUCCUAGUAAAGAACUGUUAUUCUAUUUCCCAAAACUUUGCCUGAAAGCCUUUAACUGCAAAAUUACAGUAAUUUGGAGGGAGAGGUGUUUACAUUCUUCAUUCCAAGGGAAACUCCUGUUUUCCCUGCCAGACAUCUGUCUGCUCAAACCAAGACAUAUGGAAUAAGCAGCUGAUUCUUUUCCGGUUUCAGCUGGAAAACAAUUUUCUUCCUAGUAGCUGGUACAGAGCUGUUUUUUUAAAUUAGUAUGAGAAUAAUGUCAAUAACACACUGUUUCAGUUGAUGCUCGCAAUACUUACCCUGAGUCAGACUUUUCAGAGUCUGACGCUCUGCCAGUGAGAAGGUGCUCAAGCCAUGAGGGGGCAAGGCCAGGACUCUGACCUGAACUGGCCAAAGGGAUAUAGAACAUCAUGCCUAGUAUAUAAACUGGGGGGAAGUUGGCUGGGAGGGGUCAUUUGCUGCUGGGGAACGGGCUGGGCAUCAGUCAGCAAGUGGUGAUGAGGACUUGGCUGUGCAUCACUUGUGCUUCUCAGGUUUUCUCUCUUGCUCGCUUUCCCUUAUUAUUACUUUGGUUCAAUUAUUUAACUGCUUUAUCUCAACCCAUGAGUUUUGUUUCCAGUUCCCUUCCCUACAAUAGGGGGAGGGGACAGGGAGUGAGCCAGAGGCUAUAGGAUGCUUAGUUGCCAGCUGGGGUUAAACCACACCACCAAGGGAUCUUUUGACCUCUGCUCUGUAAAUAGCUCCCCAUGUCUUAUAUGCUGAAAAUAGAAACUGCCAAUAUUUAGUCAAUCUAGCUGUGAUGGCAUUUCAAAAAAAUAAUAAAACCCAAAAAAUCUUAAAGACAAAUCAGCUUGUAUAUUCAAAUUAGGUCUGUGUGAAAGCUUUUCAAUUUGUUCAUAUGUACAUGCAGCAAUACAAGAUUCACUCUUGCAGCUUGGAACAAUCUAUUCAAUUAACUUUCAUACAUGAUCUCACUAUUGUGUCUCAACCACUGUCAAGGGCACAAUUUCUCCUGCAAUUCUGAUUUACUAGGAUUUGGAGAUGAUUUUGGCAAAUCUGAUACAAUUUCAUAGUGUGUAGCUGUGCAGAAAUAAACUGACUAUGCUGACAAAAUAAAUCUUCCUGUAAUUAAAGCUCGAGCAGUGUUUUAGUGUUUAAUGUGGAAGUUCCUCUCUCUGUAGAAUGCAUAUGUAGUUUCAUUCUGAAGAAAACUCAUGUCAAUACAAUUCAAACUAGUAUGUAGAUUCUAACUCUCAAAGUGUUUAUGUAGCUUCUUAGAUAAUAAUUAUUAUGAAUAAUUGCUCCUCAGAAGCUGAAGUGUUUUUGUCGAUAGUUCAGUUGCAGAAAUUCACAUCUUCCAACCCUCUUUAGCAGAUUUGAGUUUCUUUUGGAAGAUUAAUUUCAUCACCUUUGUGUUCAUUUAUGCAGCAUAGAAUUAGAGCAUUUGUGCCUAUGCUUUUGGCUGUGCAGCUCCAUCACGACUGUAGGGCUUUGCUACAGACUUAGGGUUCAUGGAGUUGUUUUUUUUUCUGCAGAAUUUGUUUGGCUAAA